CGUCAGCUCACACUCCACGAUGUCGCGCCUCCUCCCCGGCCUCGGCGCACUGCGCUGUGCGCUGCGCCGCCCGCUGUCCCCCGUGUUGUUGUCGCUGCGCCCGCUCUCGGCGUCCGCCGCCGCCGCGACCCCACGCCUCGUCCGCCCCACUCCCACCCCGUCUCCCCUGCUGACAAGCGAGCGCGUCCACGCCCUCUGGGCGCGACAGCCGCACCCCUCCGCGCCGCCCGCGAGCAUGACGCAGCGGCUGCUGCAGCGCGCGUUCUCGUCCUCGCCCCUCGGCCGCAUCCGGGACCACUACAACCGCUCAUCGGGGCCGCCGCCGCCGCGCGGCGCGCUCGACGCCAUCCGCGCCCGCGUGAACCGCUGGAACCCGCUGCACGUCGUGUACGUGAUCAUGGCGCUCAACGCCCUCGUCUUCCUGCUGUGGCAGUACGCCAUCUCGUCAUGGCAACGCUUCCGCGACCCCGCGCUAUACAACUGGAUGUGGAAGAACUUUAUCUUGUGCAUGCCGAACAUCACCGACGGGCGCCUGUGGACGCUCGUCACGAGCACGUUCUCGCAGAUGAGCACGGCACACAUCUUCUUCAACAUGCUCGGGCUGUACUUUAUGGCGCCCGCCGUGGCUGGCCUCCUCGGCGCAUUCAACUUCCUCGGGCUGUAUAUUGGCGGCGGGCUGUUCGCGGGCAUCUGCUCGCUCGUGUACCAGACGUUCAACACGAACAAGACGCGGCGCAUCGGCGGGUCCGAGGGCGCGAGCGGCGCGAUAUACGCGUGCCUCGCGUUCUACGGCACCAUCUUCCCACAGGCGACGUUCCUCCUCUUCUUCAUCAUCCCGGCGCGCGCAUGGAUGGUUGUGGGGGGUUUGUUUGCGUGGGACUUUUGGCAGGCCGUGACGUCCCGACAAGGGCUGACGGACUCGGCCGGGCAUGCCGGCGGCAUCGCGUUCGGCGUCGCGUCCGCCCUCUUCGCUCGCCACAAGUACCUAGGCUCGUGGCGCCGUGGCUUCCGCAUGUAGACAAGUACCAACCCAGCGAUGCAUCGUUCUCCUCGCAG